AUGGACCAUUUACAACAACAGCAGCCGUUUAACGACAGCAACCCUAAUGAAGAAUGCAUAGAACCGAACACUUCUUCUAAACAUGAACUUCAAACGUCUUUCAAAGAAUUGUGCGAUCAGCAAACGGCAGAUUUCCCUAAGAAAACACAAUAUGUGAAACAAUUGGUCAAUAAUGCCAAUAUUGAGAAAGAACUAGCGCUUUCUGGCAACGUCGUUCCUACAUCACUAGCUCGUAUUCUACGUCGAAUAGACGAAAAUGGACGCUCAUCAGCGGAUACUGAAUUAGCAAUGAUGAAAAAGAUUGGAUCUGGAAGCACGCCUUAUAUCGUCAAUUAUUAUUGCGCAGUGAUCGAUCCCGUUUCCAAUCAGCUGUGUAUCUGCAUAGAGUGGAUGGAUACAUCAAUAAAGAAAUUCUACCAAGCUAUGCAUCCACUUGAUGAAAUUGCCAUUAACAAACUUGAUCCUUUGAUGCAUCGUAUUAUUCAUGAUAUUGCUUCUGCACUUUAUAUUUUGGAAACUAAACAAAUUAUUCAUCGAGAUGUCAAACCUGCGAAUAUGCUUAUCAACAAGAAUGCUGUAGUUAAACUGUGUGAUUUUGGUAUUUGUGGUGAUUUGACUGAAAAAUUAGACUUCCGCACUGUUGAAGGCACUUUUGAAUACUUACCACCAGAUCCCGAACCUGAUGCCAUUCAUGAUGAUAUGUGGGCAUUGGGCAUUAGUUCACUGGAAAUUGUUAGUGGUCAACAUCCGUUUACCGAUUGGAUACCAAAUGAAAUACCGUUCAAAAUUUUAAAUUGGGAACCUACAGUUCCGAUGACAGUCUCUUAUGAAAUACAGCAGCUUAUUCUGCAUUUAUUGAAAAGAAAUAGUCAAGAGCGACCACACUCUUACAUCGACAUUCUAAAUAAAUCUUUCAUUUGUAACGUACUUCAAACACCGUCAAAUGAUGAAUGUGAUUUUGUUCGUGGUGUUAUCGAGAAAAUUCCUUCGAUUGACAAUUUCAAACAGUGA